AUGGGAGCAAAACAAUCUAUGCCUGAAGAUGAAUUAGAAAGAAUUAUAUCUAGCAGAGUAGAUGAGAAAUUAAGAGAAAUCGAAGAUAUUGAAUCUGAAGUAAAGAGAAAAGUUAAUGAACAAUUACUAAAACAGGCUAUUAAUAUCUCUAGCAAUUUUGAUAGAAAUGUAAAUUUAAAUAGCAAUCUAAUUGAAAAUGAUUUGAACGAUUUGAUCAAAAGAGUUGAAAGAAAACAUGAUUUUAAAGAAUCAAAUGAAAUAACAGCUAAGAAAAAUGAACUAAUUUCUUGUUACAAGUAA